AUGGGAGCUGAACCAUUCCAGGUCAAUGGAGUUUGGUAUGAUCCAAGGCCACCACAAAAUACCCAAAUUUUUCAGAGGAAUCAGAAUGGUGCUCAAGGAAGCAAUUUUCAAAGGAGAAUUCAAGGUGGAAAGUUGGAUUAUACAUCUAACAAUUAUCUGCAACCUCAUCCUCUUCCACAUAAGGAGCUAUCUGAACUAGAGAAAGCAAUGCUGCAGCUUUCUAAGACUACAAAUGAUCACAUGCAGACUACUGAUGCCUUUAUGAAUGAGACAAGAGCCUACCAUAAAAACCAAGAUGCUUCCAUCCUGAACUUGGAAAAUCAGAUAGGUCAACUGUCUAGGCAGCUAGCUGAAAGAGCUCAAGGGCAGUUUCCUAGUGAUACUAUUGUGAAUCCGAAGGCACACUGCAAAUCCAUUGUAACUAGGAGUAGAAUCGUGAUCACUCAUCAAGGCAAGCCAAAGAUGGUUCAGAAAAAGAAAGUUGAUGAAUCAGUAAUUGAACCAGAGCAAGAAAAUGAGGAGAAAACAUCUGCAAGUGAGAAAGAAAAGCCUGCAGAGAAAGAAAAAGAAGUGGCAGAAGAGAAACCUGUUGAAGCUCCGAAGAAGUUGAUGGAUUAUUCUCGAUUUGAGAAGCCUCCUUAUCCCAUGAAGCUCAAACAACAGGCACAGAAGCAACAAUAUGCCAGAAAGCAUAAGUUGCAGGAUUGUGAGACAGUAGCACUUACUGAAGAGUGCAGUGCCAUUAUACAAAAGAAGUUCCCACCAAAGCUUCGAGAUCCUGGAAGUUUCAACAUCCCAAUUGCGGUAGGCAACACUAAUGUUGGUCGGGCACUUUGUGAUCUAGGAGCAAGCAUCAAUUUGAUGCCAUUGUCAAUAUGCAAGUCAUUGGGAAUCUCUGAGUUGAAACCAACCAUGGUCCCUUUACAGCUUGCUGACCGUUCUUUGAGGAGACCUAAUGGAAUCAUAGAAGAUGUCCUUGUUAAAGUUGACAAGUUCAUCUUCCCUGCUGAUUUCAUUGUGUUGGACAUGGAGGAGGAGAGUGAAAUACCUCUUCUGUUGGGUAGGCCACUUGAUGUGUUUGAAGAGGUGGUUAUGGAAGAGAAAAGUGAUUAUCAAGAGCUUGAAGAAGAGUUGAAGGCUCAAGAAGAAGCUACUCCACAAGAAGAGCUAGAAGUUAUUUUUGAGGUGCUAGAAAAGAAAGAAAAUGAUCUAGUUACAGUAGCACCAAAAACAGAAUUGAAAGAGUUACCUAAAACUCUGAAAUAUGCCUUUUUGGGAGAUGAAGAACAAUACCCUGUUAUCAUCAAUAAAGAGUUGUCUAUGGAUUAA